AUGCCCCAACUUCUCUACAACAACACCACCGCCGCAACCACCGCCACGGACACCGCCAUGCCCCCCCACACACCCACCACCGCCGCCACCCUCCGCGCCGGCCUCUCCUCCAUGCUCCAAACCCUCCUCGCCACGCAGCCGCCCCUCUCCGCAUACGCCCCCAACUCCCUCUACUUCCUCGUGAGCCUGACCCCCGACAACUUCCACGAGCGCAUGGGCGUGUCGGCUAAGUACUUCGACCACUUCAAGCACCUCGCCGGCCUCCUGCACGCCGGCAAGGUGUUCGCGGACGUUGACCUGGAGGAGCACCCGCGCGCGUUCGCGCGGGCGCUGGGCAGCGACGACCAUUUCUGGGCCGAGAUGUUCGCGUAUGUGUAUGGGGACAGUGUGGAGGGGGUGCUAGAGAGGGGAGGGCGGGAGGAGGGGAGGGGUGCAGUGGAGGUAGGGUUGCCGGAGUGGGUUGUGUAUGGGACACCUGAAGACGAGAGGCCGGAGUACCGUACGGAUGGAGAAGGCGAAGAGGAGGUCCCCGAGUGGUUUAUGGAUGGAGGAGACGUCGAUGAAGAGGAGUGGCCAGAGUGGGAUGCGGAUGGAGAAGACGAAGAGGAGGUCCCCGAGUGGUUUACGGAUGGGGGAGACAUCGAUGAAGAGGAGAUGCCGGAGUGGGCGACCGAUCAGGACGCGCAGUGGUCUGAGGAGGCUUCCAACGCAGCAUUUCAACAGAGGCUUGACGCGGAUCGACAGAGACUUGACGUGGCGGAUCAACAGCGUCUUGUAGCGAGCGGUUCCGACCAACCUGCUGAGCCGGUAGUCCAAGAGGAGGUCUUUGCUGAUGAGAUACCGCGUUCCGGUGAGUGGGAGGAGGAUUACGACGCGGCGUAUCAGCAGAGACUUCAACCGAGCCGUUUCAGCCCCCCUGCUGAGCCGGCAGUCCAAGAGGAGGCUGUUGUUGAUGAGACGCCGCGUUCCGGCGAGUGGGAGAGUUACACUCGCGACUACGCAUCGUAUAUGGGAGAGACCAAUACCUCUAGCAACCCUGUCGAAACGGCGCCACCGCGUCAGCCGGCGGACGUGGGCUUAGGGUUGACGGCUACGAAGCGAGACAAGCAGAGGGACGCCUUGCGGCAGCUUGUGGAGGUUCUUCAGUCGUCUCGAGGUGGAAAUGCGACGGAGGGGGGAGCUUGCGUCGAAUAUACAGUCGGAGAUUAUGCAGACAGACGGCGUAGGGACGUGGAGCAUAGUUGCGGUCCCGAAUAG